GAACAUUUUGUUUUAGGGAUACAGAGAGUAUAAGCAAAUGUGUAAUUCGAUUUCUAGGGAUGGAGAGAAUAUAAACAAAUAUUAAAAAUUAUAUUCUUAAAAAGUAAAGAAUCUGCCCAAAUGCGCGUGAAAAAAAAAUAAUAAUAAAAAUAAAUAAUAAAAAAAAAGUCAAAAUCAAUUAGGAAAGAUCAGUUGAGUUCCUCUACGUAUAUCAAAAAUACUGUACUAUAUUUGUUCUCUCUCUCGAAUCUAGAGUUGACUUUCCUACGGCGGGAAUUCCAAAGCGUUUGUGGUGGUGUCCUACCGAAUUUUGAUGAUAACAAAGAGAGAAAGAGGGGAUUUAACAGGUACCGUCGGCUUUGAAGCUCAUGAAUCAUCUGUUGAUGUUGUUCCUGCAUCACAGACAACAAGAAGAAGUUUUGGGGUUUUGAGAAAAUAUAUACAUUUAAAAAUUAUAUACCCACUUUGGAAUACCCAAUAAUCUUUACAUAAUUUUUAUUGAAGAUGCUUGGGAAUCUGGAGAGAUUAGGGUUUUACUUCAUAUUUGAUUGUUUGGGAACCUAAACACUUCCAAUAUUCAGUUUUAAAGAAAUAUAAGAAAUGGAAGGUGAAAAUAUCCCACCCAAUACUGUUUCCGGCUAUCUACCGGAUUCCGCUAUGGAUUUCGAUUUCAUAGAUGAACUUUUUUUAGAAGGAUGUUGGUUGGGGGCAACUGAUGGUUCCGAGUUUUUACAUCACAGUCCCUCUACUUCCGGUGCUCUUUUUGACCCUUCAUUGUUGUGGCAUACUUCUGAAGCUAAUAAUGGUGUUUUGAGCACGAGCUCAUUGCAAAGUGCCAGUCAAGAGGAGAGGCAAAGAUCAGCUUUGUUAGAGAAUCAAUCUAUUAGUGAAUUCCUAGGAGAAAACCCUACUAAAACUCAGCUUCAUAGCCAGAAUAUGAGUAAUGUUGCAGGGUAUUUAAGUCGAUCUGAAAAUUAUAUGGUUGAAGGUUCUGAGCUUAGCAGAAGGUGGUGGAUUGGACCCCGAGCUAAUCCAGGUCCAUCAUCUUCUGUAAUGGAAAGACUGAUUCGGGCAAUUGGUUACAUAAAAGAGUCUGCAAGAGACAGAGAUGUGCUUAUUCAAAUAUGGUUGCCAGUAUAUACUGGGGGUAGACGUGUUCUUACCACUAAUGGUCAACCUUUCUCGCUUGAUCUUAACUGCCCAAGGCUUGCUAGUUAUAGAGACAUCUCUGUCAAUUACCAGUUCUCUGCUGAGAAGGAUUCCAAGGAGAUGGUCGGAUUGCCAGGCCGGGUUUUCAUGGGUAAGGUUCCGGAGUGGACUCCUGAUGUGCGAUUCUUUAGAAGUAAUGAAUUCCCGCGAGUUGGUCAUGCUCAAAAGUUUGAUAUCCGUGGAACCCUUGCCGUUCCUGUAUUCGAACAAGGUAGCCGCAAUUGCUUGGGAGUUAUCGAGGUUGCCAUGACUAUUGAGAAGAUCAAGUAUCAUCCUGAGCUUGAAAGCAUUUGCAAAGCGCUUGAAGCAUUUGAUCUGAGGAGUUCUGAAGUUUCAAACACUCAAAAAGUCAAGGCAUGCAAUGGGUCCUACCAAGCUGCGCUACCUGAAAUUCUAGAGGUGUUGAGAUCUGCAUGUGGGACACAUCAAUUGCCCUUGGCUCAGACGUGGGUUCCAUGCAUCCAACAAUGUAAAGUGGGGCACCGGCACUCAGAUGAGAACUAUGUUUUUUGUGUUUCCACUGUGGAUUCUGCUUGCUAUGUAGCCAAUCCCUGUAUCCAGGGUUUUCACGAGGCUUGCUCUGAGCACCAUCUGCUGAAAGGUCAAGGUGUUGCUGGGAAAGCAUUCACAACUAACCAACCAUGCUUCUCACCUGACAUAACAUCUUUUAGCAAGACAGAGUAUCCCCUUUCUCACCAUGCAAGGAUGUUCGGGUUGCAUGCUGCUGUUGCUAUUCGCCUCCGGAGCAUCGACACCUAUACAGCUGACUUUGUCUUGGAGUUCUUCUUGCCCAUGGAUUGCAAGGACCCUGAAGAACAGAAGAAGAUGCUCACUUCGUUGUCCCUUAUUAUACAGAAGUUUUGCUACAGUUUAAGGGUUGUCACUGACAAGGAGUUGGAGGAGGAAACUGUUUUGCCGAGUAGCCAAGUUAAAUUCGCGUCAGAUGGUAGAUCCAGUACUAAACCAACCCCAACCCCAACCCCACAACACUUUCAUUCAGAAAGGUCUUCUCAAGUCGCGUCAUCCUGGAAUGCCAGUCACAUGGAGGUCCAAGGGAGUGUUAAAGUUGACCACUUAUUUGGGAAGGAAGAAAGAAGGGAAGUGUUGAUAAAGGAAUCAUCGGAAUAUAGGCAAAGUGAACAUGAUUCUAGUUUAAGAGCGAGUAUUGCCUUUGGUGGAGAUUAUUCAACUCCUGAUGAGGGUGGAUUCUCAAGUAUUGGUAAAAGAGGAAGGAAAAGAAGUACAAAAGUGGGGGAAAGUAUCAACUUGCAAAUGCUUCAGCAAUAUUUUGCCGGCAAUCUCAAAGAUGCUGCAAAGAGUAUUGGUGUUUGCCCCACUACUUUGAAAAGGAUAUGUAGGGAACAAGGAAUACAACGUUGGCCUUCUCGGAAGAUCAAGAAGGUCGGCCAUUCCUUACAAAAACUCCAACAUGUGAUUAACACAGUUCAACGAGCCUCUGGUGCUUUUCAAAUCGAAUCCUUCUAUUCGAAUUUUCCAGAAUUGGCAUCUCCAAAUUUAUCUGGAAACCAUCCAUUCUCGAAUUCAAAGCCAUCUGGUCAAACACAGUCUUUAAACAUGCUGCCUGAGAGUGGCAAUUUUACCCCCCAAGCUGCUGCAUCUAAAUCACCUUCCCCUUCCCCUUCCUGCAGUCAGAGUUCCAGUUCAAGUCAAUGUUGUUCCAGUGGGACGCGACAACAUGCUUACACAUCAGAACUUGCUGUUAGUGAAGACCGAAUUGUCGAGAAAAAAUCUGGUAAUGUACUAAAAGGUGUCAGAAGUUGUGCAGAACUGCAUAAUUCAAUUGAAGGAGGACCAAAGCUCCUACCAAGACGUCAGAGCCAGAUUUCUCUUAGUGAGCACCCUAAAUCUGAAAGUCUUCUGCCUUUACAAAAAAAUAGUGGUGGGAAAUCUCAAGAAACGGAUUUUCACAGGGUAAAAGUUACAUAUGGAGAAGAAAAAAUCCGUUUCCGAAUUCAAAAUGAUUGGGGACACAAAGACUUGCUCCAGGAAAUUGCGAGACGUUUUAAUAUAGAUGACACAAGUGGGUGUCAUCUCAAAUACUUGGAUGAUGAGUCUGAGUGGGUCUUAUUAACAUGUGAUACUGAUCUGGAGGAGUGUAUUGAUUUAUGCCAAUCAUCUCAGGGCCAUACUAUUAAGCUCUCUCUCCAAGUUUCUCAGCAACUUUCAGGAAGUUCUUUGGGCAGCAACGGUCUGUUGUGAUUUCUGCAGAAAGUCUGUAGCUUGGAAAUGGAAAUUGACAUCCUUCCAUUACUUCAGCUCUCAGUGUUGAACCCUUAAUGGGAGAAAUGUGGUGCCUUGCAUUGUAGAUAAAAGAUACAAUGGCUGAAUGGAAUUUAACAAAAGGAAACACACCCUGAUGCUUGCAAGUUGAUCUUUUCCUUGGACUAUCAGAAAUUCUCUCGGGUUAUUUUUGUGCGGUGUGUUCGGUGUUUCUUCCAUCAAUCAUCCAUAUCUACACUGGAUACCAACAUAUUGGCAGAUUUGAAAAGAGGGGCACCAACUAUUAAUCAGCUAUGAAGGUCAAAACAUCGAAUGCGCGGGUGCAGUUAGUCGAGGGGGAACUUGGAUGGAGACCAGUUUAGUAUCCUGAUUAAUGGGGUACAAGAUACCAGCACAUCCCGUGGACUGUAAAGAGAACAAGGCUGAGAAUGAAGUUCCUACGUCACAUUACCAGUCGGGUUCUGUGGGUAAAACUCUAUAUUAUACUGUAUAGCUUUGGUGAAAGAACUUCAGAAUAUGCUGUGGUGUCUCUGUUACUGUGAUUUGUUUCGUGACUUGGCUUGACUAUACAAGUUGAUCAUGAACUGCUUCACUUGGUGCAGGAAACCCAAUUCAUGAAUGAAAUGAAUGUAAAUUUUUUUCUUUGACCAUUUUGAAGUUGAUAAUGGUUGUAGUGCCAUAAACCGUAGGUAUCUGAUGGAUGAUGAUGGGUUUGCAUUUCUUGAUUGACCAUUGUUUAGGUUUUUGUAACUGUUUCAUUUGAUUUCUCCA